AUGAACGAAAACAUAUACGAGUUUAUAGUGAAAGAAACUGUGAGAUGUGCAGUAAAUAUGAAGAAUAUGCAGGAUUUUAUCCUCACAGUUGAAGAAGUGAAGGUCUUUGUCGGAUUUCUUCUUUUUGCUGGCUACCAUAAGCUCCCUGUUGAGAAGCUACACUGGUCUGAAGAUGAAGAUGGCAUACCAAUUAUAAAGACAGCUAUGUCAAGGAAUAAAUAUCAGAAGUUGAAAACACUGCUUCAUUUUCAAGAUAAUGACUUAGCCAAUGAAAACAAACACAAUCGCGGAUUCAAAAUUAGACCCCUCUUGAAAAUGAAAAUGAUAAAUGAAUCUUUUCAAAAAUUUGGAAUAUUUGAGGAAAAUUUGUCAAUUGACAAAUUGAUAGUCAAAUACUAUGGACGAAGUGGGCUGAAACAGUUUAUCCGAGGCAAGUCUAGUAGAUUUGGCUAUAAGUUGUGGUCUCUCUGUGGAGCAAGUGGCUACUGUUUCAAAUUUGAUUUAUACUGUGGAAAGGAUCCAGAAGAUACUGCAAGGGAUGACCUACUAUUGGGAUCAAGAGAAGUCCUAAAUAUGCUGGACUGCAUUGAAAAUCCCGAGAAUCAUUGUGUGUACUUUGACAAUUUCUUCACUAGUAGAGAUCUUCUGAUUCAUCUGAGAAAUUUGGGUUUUCGAGCAACUGGGACUGUCAGAGGGAAUCGAGUUGGUGACUGUCCACUACUGAGCAGCAACGAACUGAAAAAGACAGUUCGAGGAAACUAUGACUACCAGAGAAUGAGGAAUGGUGAAGUCUUAUUUGUUCGAUGGCAUGACAACAGAUGCGUUACAAUUGGUACAAAGUUUGACAAAGUUGAACCUUUGGGAGCAGCUACGCGGUACAGUAGACAAGCAAGUAAGAAGACACAAGUGCAACAACCUGCCGUUUUGAAGUCGUAUAACGCAUACAUGGGAGGUGUUGACCACCAUGACUGGUUAGUUGGAAAAUAUGCGAUGGUAAUUUGA